AUGUGCAGUAAUAAAGAACCUGGGACGUUGCUUAAUGUGCAGAAAAGUCUAACUGAAAUAUUUACUGCGCUGUCAAACAAUAAUAGCCUUGAAGUAAAGUGUGAAAGCUUUAAAGUAGGCAAUAGAGAAGAAAAAAGGCCAGGCUUAUUUGGCAACUUUAGCAUAGUUUACAGAUUUGGAGAGAUAGAAGCUGGAAUAUCAUUGGAUAUAAAGGAUGAGCACACUAAAUUAGAUAUAACCCGAAAUUCACUAUCCAAGCAGUAUAAAGAAGCUAUUAAACCGAAACUCACUGAAAUAAAGAGUAUAUAUAAAAUCCCAAAAGGGUAUACAGAAUGUGUAAUUAGAAACUAUAUGGACAUAAAAAGGGAUGCAAUGAGGAGUAUUCAAUCAUAUCAAUUAAAGAAACUUAAAAAGACAAUUUUAGAUAUUAUCAGUGCAGGUAGCAGUGAUGCGUUUAGGCUAUUCCUUUAUGGAAAUAUUGAGUCAACUGAGUGCAAGGAAUGUAUUGUUAUAACCUUUUUAUUUUUUUACAUUGCAAAUCCUCAAAAUGAAAACUCACUUAGCCGAAUGACCAACAAUGUUAUAGGAAGUGUUCCACUGGACGAUCUGAUUAUAGAAAAAAAGAUACUUUAUGGCUUUAUUUGUAACAAAGAUGCCCGAAAUUAUUAUAGAAACAUUGAGGCGGGCAUCUGGGUCGAUGUUUUUACAGACAAAUGCUGUGCAUAUACAUCAUUCUAUGAGUCAUUUUACGAUUCAUUAUCUUUAUAUUUUUCUGGCAUGCGAUUUGAUCUUAUAACUUGUAUUAACAGGUUAAUGAAAAUAAUAAGUGGUGCUAAAAAUGCAUAUGCCAGUAUUAUAAAAAAUAAUUAUUUAUUUGCUAGUAUAAUACUCAGAGGAUUUAAAGAAACAGAAAAUCCGAGAAUUAUAGUGUUUAAGCAGAUAAUGGGUAGUGUAAAAGAGCUAUGCAAAGAAAUGGAUGAGAAACAGGUAACAGGUAUUUAUAUAUCAUGGAUUUGGGCUGUGUGUUUUAAUAUGGCUGCUAUUAAGCACGAAACAAGAAACCUGGAUCAAUUGUUAGUGUAUUUAUUUAAUGUUAUAGAAGACAGCAAAUAUAUUACAUUAACGAAAGAAAAAAGAUAUAAGUCAGAUUCAGAAGAGGCUGAUAAGGUAUUAGAAUGUUUAGAGAGUAGAAGAAAGCAAAUCUGUUCUAAUGGAGAAAAUACUCAAAAGUAUAAUAAGAUUAUACAAAUAUUUAAAAACGAAAAAUCCAGGAGCUAAAAGCAUUAAUUUUCUAUAACUCCUCUAUGCACCUAGAGAAGCAGCUUAUUGUGUAUUGUAAGAAGUGAGCGUGGUGCCAGAGAAACUAUUGGCAGGGUUUACUCAUAUUUUAUGUGAAUAAACUGCUUUUUAUUCAAAAUACUUAAAGCCAAAGUAGCCGUAGAAGAGCAAUAAUAUAAUAAACAGGGAAUUAUAUUAUAUGCAGCCAGCAGGAAUCUAUAUUAACACUAGUUUAAUAAAAUUCU